AUGUCGCUGACAGUCAGGAAUCUGAAAAAGUCCGUCCAGUUGAAUAAUAAAACCUUGCAAAUCUGUCUCAAAUUAGGCCGAAGCAUCCACGAUUCGCUUGCGGAAAAAUACGGGCCCGUCUUUACUCUCUAUUUCGGGUUCAAGAAAGUGGUGGUGUUGACAGGCUAUGAAGCAGUGAAGGAUGCGCUUGUGAACUUCACCGAGGAGUUUGUGGACAGGCCUUCCAUACCUAUAUUUGAGCAAAUCCAGCAUGGAAACGGGGUUUUCUUCUCCACUGGAGAGCUAUGGAGGGCUACCCGAAGAUUUACGGUGUCCACCAUGCGCAACCUUGGGAUGGGGAAAAAACACAUUGAGGAAUGCAUCCAUGAAGAGCUCGGUUUUCUGAUCGAGAAUAUUAACUCUUUCCAAGGUGACUGUUCAACUUCUAUCCGUUCCUGGGAUUCCUCUUCAAGGCUCACAAGACUUUGCUCCGGAAGAUCGAAGACGUCCGGGUGAUAAUCCGAGAUUACGUCAAGAGUAGCAGGCAAGAUCUCAACGGCAACAGCUACAGGAGCUACACAGAAGCGCUGGUCUGCAAGCAGGAACAGAGAAGGUCCAGGAGGAGCUCGGGCAAGUGGUCAAGCCGGGCCACUGGGCCACCUACGAAGACCGACGCCACCUGCCCUUCACCAACGCCGUGAUCCACGAAGUGCAGCGUUUCAUCACCCUCCUGCCCCACGUCCCACGGAGCACCUCCGUCGACACCCAUUUCC